GUCACAUGGAGUUGGUAAAUUUAAACCUUAUGAUACUAAUAAGAUUAAAAUAUGAUAAGAUAAAUAUAGACAAUUAGACAUUGACCCUUUGGAUGUUGAAAAACGUUUGGACCUUUGACACUUAAUAACUAUAACCUCGUCAGAUCCGUCUUCUUGUUGGGUCCUAUACUCUAUACAAUACAUACAUAACGAUAACAUAUCCAUUUGCUUUCUUUUUCUCUCUUUUUCUCAAUUUCCCAGACAUAAUAAUAUACAUACAUAUAAAUACAUGUAUAUAUAGGUCCACACACUGAAAGAAAGAAGGGUUUUAGUGCAGAGUUAGUCUAGGUUUGAAAUUGAUUGGUCUGUGUGAACAAAAACCCUUGAAGAUUUUUUUUUCUGAAAUGUAAAAACCUUCCUCCUUAAAUCCAAUCUUUCCCUAAAAAAGGGUUUCUGUCAAAAUUUCAAAUCUUUCUUUAAAAUAGCAAAAGCUUUGCUUUUUAGUUCACUUUCCCCCGUUAAAAAAGAUUAGGGCUUUUGUUUCUCUCAUUGUCAACUUCAUCUCUCUGAAAUCUGAAUCUUUACAUUCAAAUCGAUACCCAUCUUGAUGAUUUUAGACACAGUCUAUUUAUGUGAAAGUUGACUUUCUUCUUGACUAGGUCAGAUUAACAAGUUUGAAGAUUUGGGGGUUUCUUGAUUCAACGUUUUUUUUUAUUAAAAAAAAAUCUUUCUGGGGGUUAUAUUCGAAUCGAGGAAGUGGGUUUUGGUUUGAUUGUGUAAAGAUGCGAGAUAUUUAUCGGUGAUUUGAUGAUCUUCAUGGCUGGAAACCAAAUGAGUAGAAUCUGUAUCAAGAGGAAUUAAUUAUAUAAACAUGGAUUUACGAGAAGAAAGUUCAAGACUUGGAUCGACGUUAAGAAAUUUAUCAUCUUCAUCGACGUUAUUCUUCUCUGCAAAUCAAUCACCAUUUUUCUCUCCAAGAUCAUCAUCAUGGCUACCAGCUGAACUUUCAGAAACUCUUUGUGAUGAUGUCGCCAUUAAUGCUGCAAGCACCUCCAGCGAUCUACAAAACUUCGACAACUUCCAUGAAAACGAAGCUUUUGAAAUCGUGGAAAAGUCAAAGAAAGUCGUCAGAAGUCCAAUCUCCUCCUUUACGCCGCCGUCAACGUCGUACUGUACAACAAGGUUAAGAAGCUUCGACGUGUACAUAGGAUUUCAUGGACGGAAACCGUUACUGUUACGUUUUGUAAAUUGGCUUCGAGCUGAUUUAGAAGUACAAGGAUUGAGUUGCUUCGUUACAGACAGAUCAAAAUGUAGAAACUCACGAAAACAUGGAAUUGUAGAAAAAGCCAUGGACGCAAGUACAUUUGGGGUUGUUGUUUUAACAAGAAAAUCCUUCAGGAACGCUUACACGAUUGAAGAGUUAAGAUUCUUUUCGAGUAAGAAGAAUUUGGUCCCGAUUUUUUUUGAUGUGGGGCCGGAUGAUUGUCUUGUGAGAGAUAUAGUUGAAAAGCGAGGGGAGACAUGGGAGAAACAUGGAGGUGAGCUAUGGCUUGUUUAUGGCGGAUUAGAGAAUGAAUGGAAAGAUGCAGUGAAUGGUUUGACACGUGUCGAUGAAUGGAAGCUUGAAGCUCGCGAUGGAAAAUGGCGGGAUUGUAUUCUUCGAGUUGUGACGCUUUUGGCUUUGAGAUUAGGAAGAAGAAGCGUUGUUGAUAGGUUAACGAAGUGGCGUGAAAAAGUUGAAAUCGAGGAGUUUCCGUAUCCUAGAAACGAGAAUUUCAUCGGGAGAAAAAAGGAACUUUCAGAGCUUGAAUUCAUGUUGUUUGGUGAUGUGAUUGGGGAGAGAGAACGAGAAUAUUUUGAACUUAAAGCGAGAGGAAAGAGGAGGGAGGUGAAAACGGAGAUUAGAAGUAGGCGGCGGAAAGGGAAAGAGCCGGUGGUUUGGAAGGAAUCAGAGAAGGAGAUUGAAAUGCAGAAUGGGGACCACGACGGCGACGCCCACUUUUCUUCACCGAAACCUAAACCAGGGAGACGGAAACGAGCGGUGAAAGUUGUGUACGGAAAGGGAAUCGCGUGUGUUUCCGGCGACUCUGGAAUCGGGAAAACGGAAUUACUUCUGGAAUUCGCUUACAGGUUUCAUCAGAGGUACAAGAUGGUGUUGUGGAUCGGAGGUGAGAGUAGAUACAUUCGUCAGAAUUAUUUGAAUUUAUGGUCGUUUUUGGAAGUCGAUGUGGGGGUGGAGACUGGAUUAGAGAAAACCAGAACGAAAAGCUUUGAAGAACAUGAAGAAACCGCCAUAGCUAGAAUUAGAAAAGAGCUUAUGAGAAAUAUACCUUUUUUAGUAGUAAUCGACAAUUUGGAAUCUGAAAAGGAUUGGUGGGAUCAUAAACAUGUAAUCGAUCUUCUUCCUCGAUUUGGGGGAGAAACUCAUGUUCUUAUAUCCACUCGUCUGCCAAAAUUACUGAACAUGGAGCCAUUAAAACUUUCAUACUUAUCAGGCGUUGAAGCAAUGUCUCUAAUGCAAGGAAACAUGAACAUGAACGAUCGGACCAUUUCGGUUUUGGAAAUUGAUGCAUUACGUUCGAUUGAAGAGAAACUUGGGAGAUUGACUUUAGGUUUAGCCAUUGUUGGAGCUGUUCUUUCUGAACUUCCGAUCACUCCAAGCCGACUUCUGGACACAAUCAAUCGAAUGCCUUCAAACGGGAGAGAAAGAGAAAGCAAUACAUUACGUCGAAACACAUUUCUAUUUCAAUUGAUCGAAGUUUGUUUCUCCAUAUUCGACCAUGCAGAUGGCCCACGAAGCUUAGCGACUAGAAUGGUUCUCGCAAGCGGGUGGUUCGCACCAGGUCCAACUCCGGUUCCAUUACUGGCCCUCGCCGCUAAACAGAUCCCGGAAAAACACCACCGGACUCGAUUAUGGCGGAAGAUUUUACGAUCAUUGACAUGUGGUUGUUCAUCGUUAUACGAUAAGAAAUCGGAAACGGAAGCGUGUUCGGUUUUACUCCGAUUCAACAUCGCCAGAAAUUGCACAAAAGACGGUUACAUCCAUUUCAAUAAUUUAACGAAGCAGUAUGUACGGAAACGAAGCAUACCAGGAACCGCCCACACGGUGGUGCAAACAGUGGUGACACGUGGCACGGUGAUUCACAACUCAGAUCAAAUUUGGGCCGCGUGUUUCUUACUAUUGGGAUUUGGAAACGAUCCAGUGGUAAUUGAAACAAAAGCAUCAGAAUUACCUUUUCUAGUCAAAGAUGUAAUCUUACCUCUUGCGAUAAGAACAUUCAUCCGAUUCUCCCGAUGCACCGCUGCUUUAGAGCUUUUACGAUUAUGCACAGACACACUGGAAGCGGCAGAUGAAGCGCUGGUGACUCCGGUGGAAAAAUGGCUGGAUAAAUCGUUGUGUUGGAAACCGAUUCAAACAGAUGCUCAAUUAAACCCUAGUUUAUGGCAAGAUUUAGCGCUCUCUAGAGCGACUGUUCUUGAAAUUAGGGCAAAAUUGAUGCUGAGAGGAGGACAAUUCGACAUUGGAGAUGACUUGAUACGUAAAGCGAUCUUCAUUAGAACUUCUAUAUGCGGUGAGGAUCAUCCAGACACUGUAUCUGCACGAGAAACGCUUAGUAAACUUACCAGGCUUUUAGCUAAUUGGAAAUUUUAUACCAUUUUUGAGUAUUCGAGCUGCAGUUAUGGUUUUGACGACUUUGAAGAAGAUUGGGGGGAAUCAAAAUGCAGCAGGUGA